AUGUUGAGAUCUGGAGCAGAAUGCCAUCGUUUUCUUGAAUUGCAGGAUGCUGCCGCGAUUGCAGAGCACAUCCGGCGUGAUAAGGAGUUGUGCAAAAACAAUGCCAUCCCCAGUAUUCUGGCUUGGUAUCUCCCUCCGGCAACCUCGCACCUUGGAAAUUCAAUAUCGAUCCAUCUGCAUCCCAACCAUGGGCUAGGAGAUGAAGGAUUCAAGCAAGUUAGACAUCUGCGAUAUGAAUUCGUUAGACAAUCCAUAAAGGCGUAUCUGAGCCAAAUGGGCCAGGGUGGUUUUGGUUUGAAUGGUGAAAGUCAACUGAAAACAUCAGCUAUCAUUCCAUCAACACACGAGUUUAACGCAACAUUGAAGGUGCUGGACUACCUGCAGGACCACAGCUCAAUGACCCACUUGACAUCGUUGAGUUCACUGGCAGAUGUAGUCUCUGCUGUGGAAGCACAGCUCUCACUCGACCCAGGCCUCAGGUCUAAAUACAGAUCUAUGUCUCAGGCCAGCUCACCGGAAUGGCUUAAAUGGAGGAGACGAAAGUGCUACAUCUGUCGCUUCAGGGUUUCAGAAAGGCAUCGUCUAUAUCCAUCGCUCUGCCGCCCAUGCGAAGCUUCCCUACCAGAACAUCUCAACCUGGAAGGCAUUACGGCGCUUGUAACUGGUGGACGCAUAAAUCUAGGCUAUCAUACUGUUUUACGGCUCCUGAGAUGUGGUGCAAGAGUCAUUGCAUCAACUCGUUAUCCCCGAGACGCCGAGAUAAAGUACCAGGAGGAAGCUGACUUCGAAAGCUGGGCUCCCCGACUCAAGAUUGUCGGAGCAGAUUUUAGAAGUGCCAAGGAUGCAUUUCGGCUAGUCCGAGUCGUCCAAAAGGUGUUGUCGCAAUGGAAAGAUGAAUCAAACAAUGAUCAAAAGGUUCAAGAGUUGAAUAUACUGAUCAAUAAUGCCGCGCAAACGCUCACUGAUCCUUUAAAAUCAGAGUCCAGGGCAGUCAACAAGGAAGAUAUCCUGCAGACGCAGAGUGGAACUGGAAGACUUUUGGUGGAUAAUGAUACAGGAUAUGAAGCAAGAGUAAGAGGAGGGAUGGGACUUUCAUGGUCCGCUAGACUUGAAGGACUUAGCCAAUUCCUACUAGAAGGGGAGCCAGGGAACGGUAACAAUGGUUUUGAACAAGUUAAACAUCCUCCGCAGAAGGGCCUCUGUGAUGACAUCAGCGGGGAAGAAGAUAAUGGCAAAUCAUCUUGGACCCAAACGUUGCAAGAGAUACCAUACGAAGAUAUGAUAAGUGCUCACUCGGUCAAUGCUUUCGUCCCUCUCAUUCUCUGCCGCGAGCUACUGCCCCUCAUGAUUGCAGGAGGCAAAGCCACAUUAAAGUCACCCACGGAGCCUAUCACUACCGCGUUAUAUGGCAGCACCUCUCAUCGCUCUAAUCCUGCAAAACCACGUGGAUACAUCAUUAACGUCUCCUCGCGGGAGGGACUGUUUGAGCAAACGCCGAAGCAUAGUCACAAGAUGGGUCGACACGUCCAUACCAACAUGUCCAAAGCUGCCAUUAAUAUGAUAACCGAAACGGAGGCAGCGCCUAUAUGGACCACGCACCGAAUUGCUAUGAAUACAGUUGAUCCGGGCUAUAUGAGCGCUGCACCCGAACAUCAGCGGGAUGAUGGAUGCCCCAUUGGCUUUGAGGACGGUGCCGCAAGGGUUCUGUGGCCUAUCGCAGUUGGAAUUAAGGACGGCUCGGCAGUUUGGGGGAGAUUCCUCAAACACUUUGGAGAGGCAGAUGUCCAUACACGUGGAGGACGCGGAACCAGUUAG